UACACAUUCCUCCAGGCCUCUCUCCAGCCUUAAAGAACUCCCUUUUCUUCAUUUGCAUACACCUAGCUUCAUAAGUACUUCAUUAUAAACUGGGAUCCUAUAGCUAAGUGAAUGGUUGACCAAUAGGAACAAAAUCAUCUGAGAAGUGCCUUAGAACCAACUGAAGGGAGUGAGUGAGUGCGGCCCCUGCAUUGUUCUGAGAAGUACCAGACACCAAGUAGAGGCUGCUAAGAACAAGCAUCCUUAGCUCUGGUCUGCCACUUAGAGAGACAGAGAAUGGAGAAAUCCAGAGUCUGCUACAUAGGAGGUGAGAAGCCGGGGAAUGAGCCGGAGGAGGCGAAGCUGCAGAACGCCAGCAAGCAGAUCGUGCAGAACGCCAUCCUGCAAGCUGUGCGGCAAGUCUCCCAGGAGAGCCGGCGGAGUGAAGGCAGACCCAGGGCCAGCCAGGCGCGGGGCCAGCCGGGUGGGCGUGAGCUAACCAAGAGGCAUGAGAAGAAGUAAUGGCAAUCUUUCCCCUACCUCCACCAACCUUCUGUUCUGUCAUCGUCUCCAAAUGAUUUAAAGCACAACCGUGACAAGAAAAAGAGAAAAAGAGAUGGAAAAGAAAAGGAAGAAAGGAGAAGACAGGCAUAAAGCCAAGAUGAGUAUGGAAAAGAACGAGUUUGAUGGUGUGUAAUAGUGCACGUGUGUAUGCAUUGAUGGUGUGUAAUAGUGCACGUGUGUAUGCAUUGAUGGUGUGUAAUAGUGCACAUGCAUAUGCAUUGCUUUCUAAAUCCAAGCACAAAUGCUUAGGAUGAAAUUUGUAAAUUUUUCUGACCUUGAUUCUAAAUAAAAAG